CGUCCGUCGUCCGGGGAAGCGAUGGAGCGCUGGGUGGCGGCCGGCUGGUCGGGCUGGGGCGGCUUGUGGCGGGCCGGUUGGCCCGCCUGGGAGCUGCUGGCUGCCUGCGCCGUCAUCGGCGCGCUGGGCUGGUUGCUGCGGCUGCUGGAGCGAGGCCCGCGCGGUGGCGGAGUUGGAGGCCCGAGGCCCAUCGCGACGCCUCCUGAGGAGAAGAAUCCGCCUCCUCCGCGCUGCCUCGACCGCUGCGACGGAGGUGAGAGGCCUUUCCUCCCCGCCGCCGCCUUCCCACUCCUUUCCCCCAGCGCCGCCUCCCUCCCAGGGAGGAUAACGAUGGAUGAAAUCUUCUCCCGGUUAAAACAACUGACCCCUGAUGAGCUGAGAGAAGAGAUAGUCAAAGCCGGCCUGAAAUGCGGGCCCAUCACCCUGACCACCAGGUCCAUCUUUGAAAAAAGAUUGGCCCAGGCUUUGUGGGAGCAGCAAGGACCCUCCGUGGCCACGGCCCCCUUUUCGAACGGCAUUCCUGGAACCGCUGUGGCGGAUGGGAACCAGCCAGAAUCGGGAAAAACAAACGGCCACCUUGCCUCUCCCGAGGAGAGUGAUUUUGGCUACAGCAUGGGCCUGAACCCUCCCGAGGAGGAAUCCCUGAUGCGUGAAGCGAACGGCUCUCCCCUUCAUUCCCAGAAUCCCUCCAAGGAGCCUCUGCUCUACUAUGGGGUGUGUCCAGUGUACGACGACAUAUUGAGCAGAAAUGAAAGGGUACAUGUUUACGAGGACAAAAAAGAAGCUUUGCAAGCUGUAAAAAUGAUUAAGGGGUCACGUUUUAAAGCGUUCUCAAACAGAGAAGAUGCAGAGAAAUUUGCCAAAGGCGUAUGUGAUUACUUCCCAUCUCCAAACAAGUCUACCGUCUCUCUGUCUCCUGUCAAAGUCUGUUCGGUCUUCGGUAGAGAUGGCUUGUGCUCUCCUGAACUGGAAACGGUCAGUAAGGAAAGAGCCAACAGUUACAAAAGCCCUCGAACCCAGGAUUUGACUGCAAAGCUUCGGAAAGCCGUGGAGAAAGGAGAUGAAAGUGCUUUCUUAGAACUCAUCUGGAGUAAUCCUCGCUAUCUCAUCGGCUCUGGAGACAAUCCGACGAUUGUCCAGGAGGGGUGUCGAUACAACGUCAUGCACGUGGCAGCCAAAGAGAAUCAACCCGGCGUUUGCCGGCUGCUGUUGGACACUCUGGAAAACCCUGAAUUUAUGCGUCUGAUGUAUCCUGACGACGACACUGUCAUGUUGGAGAAGCGCAUCAGUUACAUAGUGGAUCUUUAUCUGAACACGCCAGAUAAAAUGGUAUUUGAUACUCCCCUGCACUUCGCUUGCAAGUUUGGGAAUCCAGAUGUGGUCAGUGUUCUUGCUUCCCAUCCAGGCAUCGUAAAGAAUCCCAAAAAUAAAUACGGUCAAACUCCAGCAGAUGUAAUCUGUGAAAGGAACAAAAAUAAAUCAGCAGAUCUGAAAACAAAAAUCAGGGAACACUUAGAAGGCCAGUGUUACGUGCCUCUCUUCAGAGCGGAAGACAACGCCACUUCCCCCGUGAUUGGCGCCCCCUGGUCCCCAGAUCAAACGGAGAGCAGCCCGCUCGCUUCUUUGCCCAGAUACCUUGGCAGCCCCAAGGAUCCAAUGCUGACAGUGAGGGCGUACGCAGGGCCGCUGAGUCCGUCCAAGGCAGAAGAUUUCCGCAGGCUUUGGAAGACUCCACCUCGCGAGAGGGCAGAAUAUUUCUACCACCUCCGAAAAUCCGAUUUGGAAAGAGGGGUCGAGCGAGUUGGAAGGGAGUUGGCUCAUGAGCUGGGGCACCCCUGGGGCGAAUACUGGGAAUUCCUGGGCUGUUUUGUUGACCUGUCUUCCCAGGAGGGGUUGGGACGGCUAGAAGGCCACCUGAGUCAACAGCAGGAAAUGAGCAGUAAUGCUCAGCUCGGAGAAAACGAGGCCCACAACAAACCUCCCCAGGCUCAUGGUAAAAGUAAAAACUGUAAUUCCGUCUCUGUUGGAGCGUUCCUCGAUGACGACGACAUGAGUUUGGAAGAAGUCAAAAACAGGCAAAAUGCAGCCAGGAAUUACAGCCCCGUCAUAGCCCCCAACGAACCGCCCACCAUCGGUACCUUCGGGAGCUCCAAGUGCGACAUACUCUCCAUCGAACAAACGGGGACCAUCAUGCCAAGGACCAAAACCUCCAUCCGGCCGGCCGAAAAAGGAGACCCCCUCAGUAAAAAUGGAUACUGCAGUCCGGCCACUAGCGAGGAUAGGACAGGAAACCACAGGAGGCAUCCCAGCCAGGAGGAAAACUUUCAGUCCCCUGUGGGCAACUUAAUGGAUAAGUUUGAUCAGCUCUCUUGCCAGGAUCCGGCCGUGGCGAGGGAAUGCCCGUCAGGCAAGAAAGCAGCAAAAACGUGGAAAUGCCAGGGGGCAGCUGCCAGGAAGAGCAAGGAGGUCAAAAGCAGAAAGGAAGACGGGGAUCCCCAAGAGGCACUGAGAGCCUCGGCGGAAACUGAGGUCAGGUCCGGGGAGAGAGAGCCAUUGGGCGCUUUGGAAUCACAACCCGAGACGUCAGUUCCUGGUUUGCUAAAGACGCCUUCCUCAAACGGGAAAACCAAGCAGAUGUUCCUUUUAGGCGAUCAACCGUCAAAAUGGGAUGACGACGCGUUAACGGCGUUACUCGGGGUGGAGAUCGACCCCCAGAGGUACCCGGCUAUUUACAAGUGGAGCGAGUCCGUGCGGGCCUAUCCUGCUGCUGAACGGCGAAGGUGGUCCAGCCCAUCCCUGAAAGGAUUCCCCAAGAGCCAAGCCACCCCCAGCCCUGCCAGAAACCUUCCCUACUUCAGCCCCGGAAAGAGCAGCCCCGGGAAGUAUAACGCGGCAGCGGCAGGCGGCUUCUCUCCAGAUUUAGGGAGCCCCGGACGGUACACGCCAGCGUACGUGAACUACAUCCUUCUGUCUAAGAGGCAACAUUUCUCAGGACUGCCUAAUCAUUAGAUGGGGGCGGGGGGGGGGGAAUCCGCCACCACCAUGGCGGUGAAAAGGUUGGAAGUGAAGGAAAUUUUGGAUGGUGGAAACUUGGGAUGGCUUUUGUGACCACUUUUUUAUUUAUUUAUUCGUGAAAGAAAGGGGAUGGGGGGAGAAGCAUUCCAUUUACCAGAUUGUCAGAGUUCCUGUAAGGUUAUGAAGUUACACCUGAAAGUCCUCUGAGAGGGAAGCCUAAAACUAGAAGUUUAGGGAUUCGUGGAUAAAAGGGCGUUUUUGGACUCAAGAAAUUACAAACUGUGGUCCAGUCUACCUGUAAUUUUCUCUCUUUCUCCAGCUCUCUUUCAAGCUGUCUCUUAUUCCUCUGUCUCUCUUUUUCUCGAUCUCUCCC